ACCUUGACCGGGCGGAUGUCGAAGCUGCAACGGUGUUCGCAAAGGGUGACAGACGAAGAUAGCAGAGCGGCUACGCAAACCACGCCGCAGUGUGCGCGAGCUAGACGUCCACCGCACAGAACGGCGGGGCUCUCUCUCGGGUGUCACUGGCACAUGGCAAAAGUAGGAGUGGAGGCAGCCGUGAGUCAUGGGCGACAUGUCGAGCCGUCACACCUACCUCCUCCUCAUCUGCCACUUGUUACACCGCGAGCGCCGCGCCAUCUCUGCCGCCCCAACAGGAAACCCCAAAAGUUAAAAGCUGCGCCUGAUAGGUCUCAGCCCCUGCCUCCGGAAAAAGCAGAAUACGAGUCUCUGUCUAUUUCCUGGGCGUACCUCAACUUCAAGAACCACGAAGACUCCGGUCUCUGCUUUUGCCCCGUCCCGUCAGAAGCCGACACCCCCCGGGGCCGUGUUGUCGUAAAUCGGUCGAGCGAAGCAGAGCGGACACACCUCCGGCAGGAGCACCGGGACCAGAACACAAUUACAGCUUACGUGUGUCCGGAGGUGUGCUCAUUCGGUCGCUCUCCUGUGAUGUCAUUUCCUGCGAAAGGGACGAAGGGCGGCAGGGGCGGUACGCGUCGACUGCAGCCAGCCCGGGGUCGGACGCUCGCGGAGCGGCUAAACACAGCGAAACAUCUCCGACCACCGGAUUUUCUCAUCUGGAAAUGCUCGGGGGACAAAAACUGCGUUCCGUCGUCUGGUGAGCGAGGUCGUCGUCCGGCCAUGGCAGGGGAUCUCUACUGCCCCCCGUCCCCGCUGGGGGACUCCCUCCUGGACAGCCCGCUGUGCGCAGACCUCAUGGAGGAUCUUCGCGACAUCUCCCAGUCCAUCGGAGAGGACACGCUGGGGUUCGAGUUCCCAGAGUACCAGGGCCCCGCUUGGGGGUCUGAGAACUCCAUCGCACUGGACACCUUAACCCCGGCCUCCAGCCCGUCGCCCGGGGGUUGCGAGGAGGCGCCAGAGCCCGACAACGGGGACAAGGUCUUCGGCCCGCUCAGCCUGGAGUGCAGGGUGUGCUCGGAUAAAGCGUCGGGCUUCCAUUACGGCGUGCACGUCUGCGAGGGCUGCAAGGGUUUCUUCAGGAGGACCAUCAGGCUCAAGCUGGAGUACGACAAGUGCCAACACCACUGCAAAAUCCAGAAGAAGAACCGGAACAAGUGCCAGUACUGCCGUUUCCGCAAGUGCCUCUCGGUGGGCAUGUCCCACAACGCCAUCCGCUUUGGUCGCAUGCCCCAGGCGGAGAAGAUGAAGCUGAAGGCGGAGAGGAAGAGGGUGGAGAAGAAGAAAGAGGCCAGCCCCACGCUGUCCGACCACAAAGUUCUCAUCGGGAGCAUCCACCAAGCCUACAUGAAGAACUUCAACAUGAACAAAGCAAAAGCUCGCCUCAUCCUCACUGGGAAGACGAGCAAGCCGCCUUUCAUUAUUCACGACAUGGAGACGUUCCAGCGAGCGGAGCGGACCCUGGCGGCCUACGUGGUGUCAAAGGUCGACAGCGCGGAGCCCGAGUGCGGCCUCCCGGCGGGGGUGCUGGUUGCCGCGGUGGGUUGCGGGGGGCUCCAGCGGCGGGAGGCCGAAGCGCGCCUCUUCCACUGCUGCCAGAGCACCUCAGUGGAGACGGUCACCGAGCUAACGGAGUUCGCAAAAGCUAUUCCUGGCUUCCAGAACCUGGAUUUGAAUGAUCAGGUAACUCUUCUCAAGUACGGGGUUUACGAGGCCCUCUUCACCCUCCUGGCAUCUUGCAUGAACAAAGAUGGCCUCCUGGUGGCUCGCGGCGGCGGCUUCAUCACCCGCGAGUUCCUCAAGAACCUCCGGCGGCCCUUCAGCGACAUGAUGGAGCCCAAGUUCCAGUUCGCCACGCGCUUCAACUCCCUGGAGCUGAACGACAGCGACCUGGCCCUCUUCGUCGCGGCCAUCAUCUGCUGCGGAGACCGUCCGGGUCUAGUGGAUGCGACUCUGGUGGAGCGGCUCCAGGAAGGCAUCGUCCAGGCUCUGCGGCUCCACCUGCAGGCCAACCAUCCCGACGACGCCUUCCUCUUCCCGAGACUGCUGCAGAAACUGGCCGACCUGCGGGAACUGGUCACGGAGCACGCUCAGUUGGUGCAGGAAAUCGAGACGACGGAGGACACGUCGCUGCACCCCCUCCUUCAGGAGAUCUACAGGGACAUGUACUAAGACAUGGCUCAGUUUGCUGAUGUCUUCCAUUUCAAGACGAUUCAUUUUGGGAGAGCGGCAGCUGUGGAAAAGCGCUUGUAGCUAACAGAAAAUAUAAAUAUAAAAUCGUGCCUCAGGAUCACAAACGUAUGUUUAGAACUGUAUAUUACAAUAAUAUUUAAAAAAAAAAAAGCCAAUAUAUCGAUUUUUGUUGUGUGAUUGUGCCUUCCACAAAUGUGUCCACUGUGAAAUAAGCAUCAAUAAUUUGAUGUAUGCUUUCAUUGAUUUUUUUUAAACCACUUUUGCGGUUGAAUUAACCAUGAGCCAUUUAUUCUGAACAGAAUUCCACCAUAAACAUUUAAAACGACUUCCUGUUUAUGCAUCUUGUAUAAUGUAACUACCGCACAUCAUUCAUAAAUACGAAAUACUGUAUGUGUGUCAGUGUGAAAUGACUAAAAAGAUAAUUGUAUGUAAUACUUUAAGUGAAUGUUCUCGAGCUCAUGUUUAAAACUAUAGAAUAUUUUUAAAAAGUGAUUUUUAAUGCGUGACCGUGCCUUACAAUACAAGAGUGACUACUGUGAAAUAAAUGAACCUCUUCAUCGACA